CGCCCACCGCUGGCGUUAUGCACAGAGGAGCUACAAGAUGGCGCAGGCAAUAUUUGAGGUUCUGGAAGGCAUGGACAAUCAGACGGUGCUCAGUGUCCAGUCACUGUUGGACGCUCAGGGUGGUGUUUUGGAUCCAGGAACACAGAAUGUCUCAGGAACAACCAUCCAGCCAAUGGACGAUGACGAUGUCUUUCUGUGUGGGAAAUGUAAGAAGCAGUUCAACUCUUUGCCGGCGUUCAUGAGUCACAAGCGUGAACAGUGUCAGUCCAACACGCCGUCACUGGCCACCGUCUCUCUGGCCUCCAACAACCCCUACACCUCCGUCCCGUGCAUCAGCGCCGCUAACAGACAGGUAUCAACGUACAUCACCGUGCCGCAGUCGCCGCUCACACACACGCUGGUCCAGGGGAACGUGUUGGUCAGCGAUGAGGUUCUGAUGUCGGCCAUAUCAGCGUUCAGUUCUCUGGAUCAGCCGAUGGCAGCCAUGCAGAGUAAUCUCAGCAUGCAUGCGGCAACCUCAUACCUCCAGCACCAUCAGCAACCUCUACAGCCCCUCCCUCCGACACAGGCCACGCCCCUGUCCUCACAGGUGCCCUCCAGCAACAGUAAUUCAGUGGUGCAGGUGUACAGCACACUGCCCCCUAUGGCCGGAGCCGGUAUUGCAGAAGUGCCUACACUGGGGCUUCAGUCGUUUCAGUCCAUUCAGGUUCCCAGCCAGUGUGUGGAGGGCCAGGUGUUCAGCGCCAAGUUAAAAAACUCUUAUUUUAUUCCAGCAGGGCAAACUAAAGGAAAAGCCCAGAAGCUCAAGUGCAAUUACUGUGAAAAAGUGUUUACCAAGAACUUUGACCUCCAGCAGCAUAUUAGAAGUCACACGGGUGAAAAGCCCUUUCAGUGUAUCGUGUGCGGCCGUGCCUUCGCUCAGAAGUCCAACGUGAAGAAACACAUGCAGACGCACAAGGUCUGGCCCGCUGGAGUUCACAGCACCGCCUCCAGGAUGCCCAUCACUGUACGCGUGCUUCCUCUUAAUAGUGACGAAAACUCACAACAGACGGAGGAAGACGGACAAGAGCAAGCCAUUGAGGAGCAGGACGCUGAGGUCCAGGAGAUACAGGGUUCAGCGGAGGGGAAACAGAGCAGCGGGACGAACCAGAACAAGCAGAUCAUCCUCAUCGACAGCUCGUAUCAGUGCCAGUUCUGCUCGGUCAAAUUCAGCACCUACUUCCAGCUGAAGUCUCACAUGACACAGCACAAGAACGAACAGGUGUACCGCUGUGUGGUGAAGAGCUGCUCUCAGACGUUUCAGAAGCUGGAUCAAUUUCUGGAGCACAUCCACACACACCAGGAGCAGCUGACGUACCGCUGUCACCAGUGCAGUAAAGUCUUCCCGUCGCUCUUCGAGCUCGGCCUUCACCAGUACUCACACAGCUUCUGUCCACAGCAGAACCAGUGCAAAGAGACCAGCUACUACAGAUGUAUGAAGUGUCAGAGUAAAUAUUCCACACAGGAAGCUCUGGAACAACAUCUGCUGAACGCCACACACAACUACCCCUGUCCUCACUGCCAGAAGGUGUUUCCAUGUGAGCGGUAUUUCCGCAGGCAUCUCUCCACUCACGGUGUCGGCGGCAAAUUCAAAUGUCAGAUCUGUAAAAAAUUCUUCAAAACCGAGCACUACCUCAAACUACACACAAAGAUCCACUCAGGAGAGAAGCCGUAUAAAUGCUCCGUCUGUGAGGCCACGUUCAACAGGAAGGACAAAGUAAAGAGACACAUGCUGAUCCACGAACCCUUCAAGAAGUACAAGUGUCCCUUCAGGACUCAUGUGGGCUGCACCAAAGAGUUCAACAGACCCGACAAACUCAAAGCCCAUAUUCUCUCGCAUUCAGGUAUAAAGCCGUAUAAGUGUCAGUUCUGUCAGAAGUCGUUCAGUCGUCGCGCUCACAUGCUGGAGCAUCAGCGCUCGCACACCGACAACUACCGCUUCCGCUGCGCCGCCUGCAACAAGGGCUUCACCCGCCAGAAAUACUACAGCGAUCACAAGUGUCCGCUGGCGGGGGCCGCGCAGGGUGCAGACGGGACGCCGGGACGGGACAACAGCGGCCAGGACACAGGGGACGGAUCUCCAGCCGCGGAGCCUGAUGAACGUGGAGAAACCGAAGAGGAGGGCGAGGAUAAUGACGGCCAGACGCAGCAGGAUGAAGAACGUGAGCAAAUGAGAGAAGAGGAAGAGAGGAGCGAGACGAGACUGGAUCACAUGCAGGAAGACGACGGCGCCGACAGACUGCUCUCUGAACCCAUGUGCUUCCAGACGAGCGACUGAUCGACACGCUGCUUGUGCAUUUUCCAAACUUGCAUCACGUUGUUUACAAAUCGCAUCGGCUUUCAUAGUCGUCUUUAAAAGCAUAAAUUAUGUUUUCUAUCAUUUAAGGGUUCAGAUCCCUGUUGCUGAUCUUUAAUAUUUGAUUUGUUUUAUAUUAAAACAGUAUUGCAAGCUGAUUUCUUAUUUCUCACAUUUGUUGAAAUGAACUUAGACUGUAACCUAAUCGAUACAGUUUUAAAUAAAU